GCUAGCCACGUCGUGGGCGUCGGAGAGCGCGCCGCACCGGGGAGCCAGACCCCCGCGCCCAGCGCCGCCGCCCCCACGACGGGCGUCCCCCGCAGCCGCGGUCCCCGCCGCACGACCAUGAAGAAGGAGGUGUGCUCUCUGGCCUUUCUCAAGGCCGUGUUCGCCGAGUUCCUGGCCACCCUCAUCUUCGUCUUCUUCGGCCUCGCCUCGGCCCUCAAGUGGCCCUCGGCGCUGCCCACCAUCCUGCAGAUCGCUCUGGCCUUCGGCCUGGCCAUAGGCACCCUGGCCCAGGCCCUGGGGCCGGUGAGCGGUGGCCACAUCAACCCUGCCAUCACGCUGGCCCUCCUAGUGGGCAACCAGAUCUCCCUGCUCCGGGCUGUCUUCUACGUGGUGGCCCAGCUGGUGGGCGCCAUUGCCGGAGCAGGCAUCCUGUAUGGGCUGGCACCUGGCAAUGCCCGGGGCAAUCUGGCCGUCAACUCGCUCAACAACAACACGACUCCGGGCCAGGCCGUGGUGGUGGAAAUGAUUCUGACCUUCCAGCUGGCGCUCUGCAUCUUCUCUUCCACUGACUCCCGCCGCACCAGUCCUGUGGGCUCCCCAGCCCUGUCCAUUGGCCUGUCUGUCACACUCGGCCACCUCGUGGGGAUCUACUUCACCGGCUGCUCCAUGAACCCAGCCCGCUCUUUCGGCCCCGCAGUCGUCAUGAAUCGAUUCAGCCCCUCGCACUGGGUCUUCUGGGUGGGGCCCAUCGUGGGGGCCGCCGUGGCUGCCAUCCUCUACUUCUACCUGCUCUUCCCCAACUCCCUGAGCCUCAGUGAGCGAGUGGCCGUCGUGAAGGGCACCUAUGAGUCCGAGGAGGACUGGGAGGAGCAGCGGGAGGAGCGGAAGAAGACCAUGGAGCUGACGGCCCACUGACCACACUGACCAGCAUCCCCCCGGGGGCCAGCCUCUCAGCCCCUGAACCGCAGUGGGAAGGAGGAAAACAGAUGACAGCGAAGCUUCCUUCCCCAACGGCUGGGUCCUCUGGGCUGGGGAGGAGGUGCUGGCCCCCCCACCCCAGGCUGCACAGUUAGAGCUGGGAGAAGGAACACAGGUUGGGACUCUAGGGGUGGGGGCCAGGGGCGGAGCUCUGGUGGGGAGGGGUUCUCUCUGGCACAGGGCAGGCAGCUGCAGUGAGGGCAGGCCUCAGGGGCUGUGACCACGGGGACAGGUCUGCAGGCUGCCCCGGGGCCAGGCCAGGAAGGGUGGCCUGCCAUCUGCAUCCCCUCCCACUCCCAGCCCCUCCUCCAGAGCCAGGGAGGGCCCAACCCCUGGGAUGGCAGGGGCUAGCCCUCCCCAGAGGUCCUUAGGAGGGGGCAGGCUGGUAUAUUAAAUGCUGCCUUAUUUAUUUCUGCUCAAGGAUGCAUGGGGUAGGGCCGCUGGUGUUUGGGGCGGGGGCUUCCCAAUAAACUACUGACAUUCA